AUGGAGCCACUGCAUGGAAAGUAUGAGGCGACUAUCCGGCUAAUUAAAUCUGCCCGGCUCACACCAGCCGAGCACUCGAUCUGGGGAGCCUUUCUGGACGAGGCCGUCAAUCCGGAAUAUGCUGCUCAGUAUAUUUGGGAAACGGUCCACGACGGUUCCGAUCGUCCUCCAGAGCAAGUCUUACGAGAAUUAAAACUAGAUUGGAAGCGAGUUGUCACUAAGUUGACCAAACGAGACCUAGUCCCGUCCGAAGCACAAACUCUGGUCGAAACUCGGGACGAUUCGCACUGCUUUAUGCUGGAUCAGAAACCAUCGGACCCCGGCGUAUCCGUUUGUUUCGAUCAUGCUUGGGUGAUCCCACCGAGCCUUUUUGAUGACAGUGACAUGAAUCCGCAGGGCCCUCUUUAUGCUCUUCUGCAGGCCUUCUUGACUCCAGCUAAAACAUCCGAACUUCAGACUCUCCUGCAGACUGACACUUUGGAAUCUCCACUGAAAAACUUAUUCUUACUCUCUCCUAGCAUUCAUUUGGCUUUUCGAAGUGGACAUAACAAAAUUUUUCCUCCAGCUGAUACUGCCGACCGAUGGAGUGAGGAUACCGUGACCAAAAUGAAAACAGCGAGCAAGGUUUAUUAUUUCGUCUCAAGACUGCGACCCGAGCCUUGUGGUAGGCUUAUCCUCAGCGAUGGCAGCCUAUGGGACCGGACAAUGCAGAUGUUCAUCAUGGAGACCCAAGACGCCAAUCUACCUCUUCCAGAUCCUUUCUUAUUCCAAACGCACUACCGCCUUGCGGCCUCCUUGCAUCUAUUCCAUGUUGAGGAACGAAUCUCCGAGGGUUGGCCCCCACCCGCCUUGUUCCAAUUGAGUGCAACGACGCAGAAGAAAUUACGCUCUCUCUGGCAUCUCGUGCCCAAAUUGAUACGUGUUCAGUGCUACCGCGUGCUCCUGAAACUAGGUAGCCACCUCUACCCGCGGUCUUUCACCGGCCUCGUGCACCGGCUGCCGUUCGGACUAUAUGCGAAAGAAUGCACACGCUCCCCUCGUAACGAAACCGAGACAUUGCGCCUGGUGGAACAGUACACUUCUAUCCCAGCACCUCUCUGGGUGGAUGAUUACCAAGGGGCGCACCCGGUCCUCAUUAUGACAGCCGUGCCGGGACAAACGCUGGAUGCGGUGUUUCACCGACUCUCUUUCGCGGAGCGCGAGCAGCUGUCGAAAGAUUUGAAGAGUGCCUUGUCGCAGCUGCGGUACAUUCCGAACCAGACCUCGUACGUCUUCGCCAACAGUCAUGGCGGCCCGCUGAAGGAUCAUCGAUUCCCUUCCGGCACAUGCGGUCCGUUCCAACUGAUUUCUGAAUUCAAUGCCUUCCUCGUUCAUGAUUACGUGCGCAAUGAGACAAAGGAUAAAAUUUCGGCCGUCCACGCGCGUCCGUACCGGUCUGUCUUCACCCAUGCGGACCUGCAUCCUAGCAAUAUUCUUAUUGAUCGCGGACGACUGUCCGGAAUUGUGGACUGGGAAUGUGCCGGCUUCUACCCUGAGUACUGGGAGUAUACGAAGCUCAUGUAUGGUGCAGAACGAUUUCCGGAAAUUCAAGACAUCAUUCGUGAUGCGUUCACAGAGGGUGGCUAUGAGGAGGAGCUGGAGGCUGAGACGCGGCUAUGGAAUGACACGCCGUUCGGUAUAUAA